AUGACCCAUCUAGAUCCAAGUUCAUUAGCUACAUAUAAUUCUCUAGCUGAUCCUCAUUUACAAAGUUACUUUAGUAACGAACAUAUUCGAUCUCAUUUAAAACAUGCUGGAUUAAUUUCUGGUCGAGGAGAGAUCAUAUCUGAGGGUGAAUAUCGAUCAAGAUUAGCACGACGUGAACAUGUAAAACAUGUUCGACAUAUUCUUGCUGAAAAUAUUGUAAAUCGAGCUGUUGAUAUGGAACGAACACGACAAGCUGAAAUAAAACGCCAAUAUGAAAUAAUAGCAAAAGCAGCUUUAGUGAAUAAUAUGAAAGAAUCGAGCAGACGUGGCGGAAAUUUAUCUGGAUUAAUGGUAAAUUCAAAUGAUAUGAAUCUAUUAUCAAUUGAUUCAUCUUGUUUACAACUACGACCAAAAAGUGCUAAGCAACAAAAUGAAAUGUACAAUGAACAAAUUCGUAUUCCUCGUUUACAAUCGGCUCAUUCUAGCGAUGAUCAUCGUGUAAAAUAUCCAUCCAAAACUCUUAAUCGUCGUCGUCAUCGUCGUCGAUCUUCUCAACGACCAAAAUCAUCAUCAACACAACGACUUCAUUCAUUAAAUAAAUAUACCGAUUCAUCUACGUCAUCCCCGUGUCAAAUAACAAUGGUUUAUUAUGGUCCACAUACAAAAGUUGAUUAUGAUCAUUUAGUAUUUGAAGAAAUUGAUGAAAUAAUAGUUAUGCAACAACAUUGUGGAGGAGAAAAUUUAAUUGUUUAUAAAAAUUAUCUUAAACCUGGAGCUGUAUUUACAUUUGAAUCUCAUCGUCAUUCAGAUUAUCCAUUUGGUUUAUCGUUAUAUGUUAAAGGUUUAAUUGAUAGUCGAAUUUCAACAUGUUGUGAAUAUAAACAUCGUCAUGGUGUUAGAUUAGGUGGUGAUCGAGGACAUUUUGCAAUUAAAUCAGUACAUGGAUCAAAACCAUGUAUUAAAUGUUUGUAUGAGAAACAAGCACGUUUAAAAAAAUAUGCUCAAUCACCAAAAGAAAAAGAUGAUGAAAGUAAACUACCAAUAACUAUUCCAUUACCUAUUUCAAAUGAACCAAAAAUGAUACAAACUCCUGUAAAAAUACCUGUUAGACAUAUUGGUGUUGAUAAUAAAAAAAUAAACAAUGAACCUGAAAAACAACUCUCCCGACGUACAUCUAAUUCAAAUGAAAAUUAUGUAGAAGAUUUUGAUGAAACAGAUACGCAAAAACGAUCAGUUAGAGAUGAAUCUUCAACUGAUUCAAGUCAUAGACGUUUACAUAUUAGUAAACGAAAAUCUAAAUCAACUGAUUCUACACCAAAGGCAUUUCGAAAAAUAUUAUCACAUACUCAAAAAGAAUCAUCAAUAAAAUCUGAUUCAAAUGUUGAAGAAACUACAAGAGAAGAAGAAGAAUCAACAAAAAAAACUUGGCAAAUUAUUUUUCAUACAUUAAAUAAUUCAAAAAAAACUUUUAGCAAACAAACAAAUUAUUUACCACAAAAUAGUUUAUUACAAUUUUCAUUUUUAGCAAAUAAUAAAAAAAAUGAAACAGAUAUUCAUAAAAUUGAUAUGAUAGAAUUAACAAAAAAUUCAGAAUCAUCUGGACAAUGUACAUUUUCAACUAAACUUAAAAAUAUUGGAAAACCAGAACAAAUUCGAUUAAAAAUUCACACGACAGAUAACGAAGAUGAAGAUGAAGAUGAAGAUUAUAAAUGGUAUCUUGAUUAUAUUGAAGUCAUUGAUCCAGAAACUCAAUUUCGUUUAGAAUUUCCAUGUGAUCAAUGGAUUCGUCCAUCACAAGAAAAAAUCCUUCAACUUUCUCAAAAUGAACGAAAACGAAGAAGUUCUGCAAGUAGUUCAAGUUCAUCUUCAAAUGAUAAAAACCAUCAACCGACUCCAAAAAUUGAACAAAAACGAAAAACUUCUACAAGUAGUUCAACAUCACUUUCAAAGGAUAAAAAUCGUCAAAAAUCUUCAAAAAUUGGACACAAACGAAAAACUUCUACAAGUAACUCAAGUUCACAUUCAAAUGAUAAAAAUCAUCAAGAAUCUCCAAAAAUUGAAUCAACAAUCAAAGCAUCUUCUCGUUCAAGACGAUCAUCUAGUUCCUCAAAACAAUCCCAAACUAAAGUUGAUUCAGCACGUCAACAUUCAGUAGAUAAACAAUCAAAUGAAAGUGAAAAAACAACACCUCGUAAUGAUAUUACUAAUCAAGAAAAUAAAAUUCGUUAUCGUGUUAUAAUUUAUCCAUCACAUGACAAUGAUGGAGAAUUUAAGGCAAUUCAAGAUAGUCAAAUGUUUUUACGUCUUAAUAAUCAAACUAAAGAAAUAAAUAUAAUAGAUAAAACUGAUCAAUCAUGUCCAACAUUUGAUUCAGGUGAAAAACAAGAAUUUGAACUUGAUUUAAUACAAGAUAUUAAUGAACAACCAGAGAAAUUAACUAUUGGUUAUAUUAAUUCUGAUGAUACAGCAAAACAAUGGAAACUUGAAAAGAUUAUUUUAAUUAAUAUUAAAACUGGUGAUAAAACAAUAUUUCCAUGUAAUGAAAGUCUUAUUCGAAAUGAAUCAAAUUUUCGUGCUGAAAAAACAUUUGAAAUUCAAUCAAAAGAAUUACAUGAUGAAAGUAUAUCAAAAACUCAAAAAAUUAAUUCUCCAAAAUCUGAUCAUGAUGAAGAAAUCAAAACAUCAGAAAGACAAGAACAAAUUAAUAAUAAUAAAAAUAAAGAAAGAUCACCUUCAUUUCAAAGUAUGAAUGAUGAUGAUGCCCAUUAUAGAGCAAUUUUUAAAAAAUUAGAUCCAGAUAAUCAAUUAGAAUUAGGUUCACCUCGAAAUAAUUCUUCAUCUUCAUCUACAAUUCAACAAGAUCAAAUUAAACAUGAAAAUAACAAUCAUACUAUUGAUCCUCUUAUUGGUCUUGAUGGUCUUACAGAUCAAACACCUCGUUCAAAUGAUCAACUUAAUUCCAAUUCUUUCCCACGUACAACAAAUGAAUAUGGAGAAAAUCGAUUUCGAACAACGAAUCGAACCGAUAGUAUUGAUGAUGAAGACAAUUAG